AUCUAUGUAAGCUAGCCUAGCGUCACCUGCGACACACGCUCAUUUUCACACGGCUCUAUCCACAGCAAACUCUCGCAGAGGCGUUUUCCCCAUCUUCCGCUCGAUAACAACUUGAAGCUGAAGGUCAAGGUGGAGGCCGUUAUUUGAUGUGAAAGGGUGUAUAUCUGUACGCCUACAGAAAGAGAGAGAGAGAGAGAGGGAGGCUCCAGCCAUACAAGAUGGAGUGCCAGUGGAAACCUGACGAGCAGGGACUUCAGCAGAUCUUACAGCUGCUCAAGGAAUCACAGUCCCCCGACACAUCCACGCAACGAUCCGUCCAACAAAAACUUGAGCAGCUCAAUCAAUACCCGGACUUCAACAACUACCUAAUAUUUGUGCUCACAAAGCUAAAGACAGAAGGUAUUCUGAUCACGACUAUAGCCUCUAAAGGGGAGUUACAGAACUGGCCGGAGCUUCUACCUAAACUUUGUUUACUUCUGGACUCAGAGGACUAUAAUACUUGUGAAGGGGCUUUUGGAGCCCUGCAAAAGAUCUGUGAGGACUCUGCUGAGAUCCUGGACAGUGACAUGCUGGACCGCCCACUCAACGUGAUGAUCCCCAAGUUCCUGCAGUUCUUCAAGCACAAUAGCCCCAAAAUCAGGUCUCAUGCCAUUGCCUGUGUCAACCAGUUCAUCAUCAGCAGAACACAGGCCCUGAUGCUGCACAUAGAUCCUUUCAUUGAGAACCUGUUUGCACUGUCAGGUGACGAGGAGCCCGAAGUGAGGAAGAAUGUGUGCAGAGCUUUAGUCAUGCUUUUGGAAGUCAGAUUAGACCGUCUCCUUCCUCACAUGCACAACAUCAUCGAGUACAUGUUGCAGAGGACACAAGAUCAGGAUGAAAAUGUCACUCUGGAGGCCUGUGAAUUCUGGCUCACACUCGCUGAGCAGCCUGUGUGUAAGGAGGUUCUGUGUGGACACCUGCCCAAAUUGAUACCAGUUCUUGUGAAUGGAAUGAAAUACUCUGAGAUUGACAUAAUCCUGUUGAAGGGUGACGUUGAGGAGGACGAAGCAAUCCCAGACAACGAGCAGGACAUUCGCCCAAGGUUCCAUCGCUCACGCACUGUGGCCCAACAACACGAGGGGGGAGACUCCAUUGAGGAAGAGGACGAUGAUGAAGAUGAUCUGGAUGAUGAUGAAACCAUCUCAGAUUGGAACUUGAGGAAAUGUUCUGCAGCUGCACUAGAUGUCCUGGCGAAUGUUUUCAGAGAUGAUUUGCUGUUGCAUAUUCUUCCUUUACUGAAAGAACUACUGUUCCAUCCAGAGUGGCUUAUUAAAGAGUCGGGCAUACUUGUACUGGGAGCCAUUGCUGAAGGCUGUAUGCAGGGGAUGAUCCCUUACUUGCCAGAGUUGAUUCCUCAUCUGGUACAGUGUCUGUCUGAUAAGAAGGCACUGGUUCGAUCCAUCACUUGCUGGACUCUGAGCCGCUACGCACACUGGGUUGUUAGCCAGCCCCCCGAUAUCUACCUCAAACCGCUCAUGACUGAACUACUCAAACGGAUACUUGACAGCAACAAGCGUGUCCAAGAGGCCGCCUGCAGUGCCUUUGCUACCCUUGAAGAGGAGGCUUGCACUGAGCUGGUGCCGUACCUUUCUUUUAUUUUGGACACGUUGGUCUUUGCUUUCAGUAAAUACCAGCACAAGAACCUUCUCAUCCUCUAUGACGCCAUUGGGACUCUGGCUGACUCUGUGGGCCACCAUCUCAACAAACCAGUAAUUGCACAAUCAAAUACACAGAAAUACUUUGUGUAUCAGGAUAAAAUGCCAGAGGUUCGGCAGAGUUCUUUUGCUCUGUUGGGAGAUCUGACCAAAGCCUGCUUCCAGCAUGUCAAACCUUGCAUUGCUAACUUCAUGCCUAUCUUAGGCACAAACCUGAACCCAGAAUUGAUAUCAGUCUGCAACAAUGCAACAUGGGCCAUUGGAGAAAUAUCCAUUCAAAUGGGUUCUGAGAUGCAGCCGUAUGUCCCGAUGGUUUUACAGCAGCUUGUGGAGAUCAUAAACAGACCCAACACACCCAAGACACUGCUGGAGAAUACAGCAAUAACAAUUGGUCGUCUUGGUUACGUUUGUCCUCAAGAGGUGGCACCCAUGCUACAGCAGUUUAUAAGACCCUGGUGCACCUCUCUGCGCAAUAUAAGAGACAAUGAAGAGAAAGACUCUGCGUUCAGAGGAAUCUGCACCAUGAUCACGGUCAACCCUGGUGGUGUGGUGCAGGACUUCAUAUUUUUCUGUGACGCUGUUGCAUCCUGGAUGAACCCAAAAGACGAUCUUCGAGAAAUGUUCUAUAAGAUCUUGCAUGGGUUUAAGAACCAGGUUGGAGAUGAGAAUUGGAUACACUUUUCUGACCAGUUUCCCCUUCCACUCAAAGAGAGACUUGCAGCCUUCUAUGGGGUGUAGAUGUUACCUGAUUGAAGAGCUUAUUCACUAUGGGAGAGGAUGGGAACCUCUGAUACCCAGGGCAUAUUUUGCCCUUUUCCUGGGGGGAAGGGUGAUCUAGCAGGGGUAGGAGCCAUACGGCCCACUGGACCCCUGUAGACAGGGUGGGAGGGAAGUGUUAGCUGAGGCACUAGUCGACGACACCUUGCCAAGCCAAACCUAAUAUAGGGAGGAAAGCUUUUUCAUCAUGUCAUAACAAUCAGCCAUGAGGGCAAAAACAAAAUACAUAGUUAGCGUUCAUUCACCAGGGGACUUAAUGUAAUGGGACAUCCAGUGGUUAAAAAAAAACAAAAAAACAGUGAAACGAAGAUAUGUGUAAACUCCGUAGGAAAGUGCCUGGAGACAAGCUCUGAAGCUUCUAAAAAAA